GCGUCUACACACCGAAGUCAAAGGCCGCUUGAAAACCGCUCGAAUGGGUUGGCGGAGAGGAUUAAAGCAAAACAGAAAUACGCUCUUUUAAUGCUUUGCGUUUACCCGAGCAAGCCCGCAGUGCUACAAACGGACCCUUAAAGGCUUUUAUGUCGCGUUGAAGAUGCACUAGCCGCGCCGUAAACAAGUUUCCCUGGAUAUUUUAGUCUUCGUCUCGCUGGGCGCCUGUUUGUUGGUCUACACGGGUUUAACAAGCUAGCGCUAGCAGGCAGCGACUCUGGCGAGCUGGGGUUUAGCUGCGAUGGUCUUUAGCAGCUUAUGCGGAUGUCUCCGGAAUAUAUGUUGAACCGACGGCGACAAAUGGGACCAUCCGGGAACAGUCGAAAACAUUGCGGCAUAGACUAAAUGCUAAGCGUUCAGAUGACUGUUUAAAACCUACUACCGAAAGGAGGAUUCUGUGGACGCUACAGCAGCAGGUGUUAUUUUCUAGUUGGAUUUUAGCCCACUGACAUUCUCCCACAGCCAUGGAAUCGACGGUCGACGACGACGCAAUGGCAGCGUGAAUGAAGCUUGGCGUGGGGAGAUCUGAACGAUGCCCAAGGGUGGGGGUUCUAAAACCCCCCAGCUGGACCACUUCCCACUCAGCAACGACAUGGUGGAGAAGCAGGGUGGGAAAAGGGAUAAAGUGUUGACGAAUAAAACUCCCAAAUUGGAUCGCAGUGAUGGGGUCAAAGACAUGAAAGAAAAGGCCCCUAAAAGGAAGCUGCCCUUCACCGCCGGAGCAAAUGGAGACCAGAAAGAUUCUGACUCAGAGAAAACAGGUCCAGAGAGGAAGCGCAUUAAAAAGGAGCCCACCAACACCAGGAAGAGCUUGCCGUUUGGAAUGGGAAUGCCUGGGAUCCGGGCCGGGUACCCUGUGUCUGAGCGGCAGCAGGUGGCCUUGCUCAUGCAAAUGACAGCUGCGAAGCCCGUCAACAGUCCAGACACAACACCAAAGCAUCAGUCACAGUCCUGUCUGGGUCAGAAGGGAACGCCAAACUCUGCAUCUAAAACCAAAGACAAAGUAAAUAAAAGGAAUGAGAGAGGAGAGACUCGACUGCACCGAGCAGCUAUCCGUGGAGAGGUGCGCCGCAUCAAGGAGCUCAUCAGUGAGGGAGCUGAUGUGAAUGUAAAAGACUUUGCAGGCUGGACUGCAUUGCAUGAAGCGUGCAACAGGGGAUAUUAUGAUGUGGCCAAACAGCUGCUGGCAGCGGGCGCAGAGGUCAACACCAAGGGUCUAGAUGAUGACACUCCUCUGCACGAUGCAUCCAACAAUGGACAUUUCAAGGUUGUGAAACUACUUUUGCGCUACGGAGCAGAUCCGCGUCAGAGCAACAGGAGAGGUGAAACACCACUAAAGGUUGCCAGCUCUCCAACUAUGCUAAACCUGUUACUAGGGAAGGGCACUUACACCUCAAGCGAAGAGAGUUCAUCAGAAUCUUCAGAGGAGGAAGACGCACCCUCGUUUGCCCCCUCAAGCUCUGUUGACGGCAAUAACACAGACUCCGAGUUUGAGAAGGGCCUGAAGCUAAAAGGGAAAGCUGCAGAUCCACCUAAAUCUGCCGUCACGCCCGUCAAAGACGAAUACGAAUUCGACGAGGAUGACGAGGAGGAGCGCGUCCCUCCUGUAGACGACAAGCACCUCUUGAAAAAAGACUUUCGAAAGGACUCUGUUACCAAGACCAACAGCUUCAUCUCUAUACCCAAGAUGGAGGUUAAAACCUAUUCCAAAAGCAACUCGCUCACACCAAAGAAAGCUGUCAGGCGGAUCAUCUCCGACAGUAACAGUUCGGACGAGGAUGACAGGACGUUGUGUUUCACACCGGCGCCCACACCGCGGCAACAAGUCCAGCAAACGAACACCAAGACGAGAGACUCUGGCAGCAUUAGCUCUAAACAGCAGAAAGACAAAAACAAAGUCAAAAAGAAGCGGAAGAAGGAGAGCAAAAAUAACGUCAGCAAAGAAGUCCGGUUUGGGAAAGUCAACGACAAGUUCUGCACGUCUGACUCCGACUGUGGCGAUUUGGAAAGCGAGGACGACAAGGGCUCGAACAGCAUCAAGGACUCUGCUGCGAUGAACCUGAAAGAAUCCCCCGGCUUUAAUGCCUCCUCAUCCUCCUCCUCCUCCUCACAUGGAAGCCUAAACUCUCAGAAACAGGCGCCCUCGCUGGCGGAGCAGCAUCCAAAGCAGUGGAGGACAGAUGGCUGGAAGAUGGUGUCGUCGCCUACGUGGUCGGACGUCAGCUCGCUUUCGGAUCCGGUCAGUGAGUCCGAGUACUCUGAUUCGAGUGUGGAGUCGGUGAAGCAGGUUAAGAGGAAAGCGCAGGAGAACAAAAAGAAGAACAACAAUGUGCACAGUAACAUUGUUGACAAGAAAAACUCUGAUCUCUAUAAAAACUUCGCUGCAGAGAGUGCUGCCUCCAAAACGGAUGUGGAUGGAAAAGUGAUUAAGAAACAUAAAGUGAAGCACAAGCAUAAAAACAAGGAAAAGGACAAUGCUCCGAGUGUUGUGCUCAAUCAGGAUAUGAAUGAGAAAUUUGUCAAGAGCUAUUCUUUCGACUUUGAUGAUUCCAGGCAGAAGUCCUUAAUCGUGGAAUCCGAAUCAGCAGCCGAGGGAAAGAUUAAAUUAUCCAAACACGACAAAGACCAUUCGAAAAAGGACGACAGGCUUUCAAAAGCCAAGUCUGAAGAUAAAGAUUGGUCAUCUGGAAAAGACCUUCACAGGACAGCAAAAGAGGAGAAAAGCAAAAAAGCAAAAGACACAACAAAGGAUAAGGCAAACAAGGAGGAGAGGGAGAAGCCUGUGAAACCUGACAAGGAAAGAAAUUUCAAAGAGAAGGAGAAACCUAAGGAGGAUAAACAAAAGCCCCACAAAGAGGAGAAAAAGAAAAAGUCCAAGGAGAAAUCUUCCUCAAAGACGGACCGGAAGAGCGAACAGAAAGAGGAGAAGCAUCUCAAGGUGGACAAGGAGAAAAACAUUAAAGAGGAGAGGGAGAAAUGUAAAAAAGAGAAAACACUGAAAGAGGAGUCUGAUCAUGAAGGCUAUGACAUUAACAACCGUUUCCUCAACCUGGAGGACACAAAGCUGAGCGCAUCGGACGACCAUCAUGACAGGUGGGGCUCGGAGAUGUCCUCUGAUUCCUCCCUGUAUGGCGAUGACAGCUGGGACGCCCCCAACAAAGAAGUCAAGGAGUAUAAAUCCAACAACACCGUUAAGCUUAUUGUUGAGACUGUUAAAGAAGAGACGAGGAGAAAAGAAAACAAAGUAAAGGACAAGAAGUCGGAGCACGGCGACAAAAGAUCAGAGAAAGAAGCUACAGUAAAGAAAAAGGAAAAAGACUCUUCAGAAAAGACAAACGAGAAGAAAAAAGACUGGUCAGAAAAACAAAAGCUGAACUCCAGCCACUCACUCGAAAAAGACAAAAAGAGGAAGGAGUCCACCGACACGGUCAAAGACAAAAAAGACAAAGACUCGCUGGACAGCGUCCGUGACCGCAAAGACUCGUACGAUGGCGUCAAGGAACGAAAAGAUCCGAAAAUCAAGCAGGAAUCCGUAGGAGAUGAAUACGGCAACGAUGCGUUCUUUAAAGACAUGGACGCUGGCAGAGACAGAAACCACUCUGGAAAGGAGAAAGAAAAGAAAGGAGAGGCAACGGAGAAGCGGGAGAAGACAAAAACAGACAAGCACAAAGACAAAACAAAAGACAGAGGAGCCGACCACGAGAAGGAGAAGAGUGAGCGCAGCUCCACCGAGAAAACCGUCAAGGAAAAAGACGAAGACCGGGGCACCAAAGACAAGAAGGAGGGAUCCAAAGACAAACACAAAGACUCUCAUGGCAAAGACAAAGAUCGAAAGAUGUCUUCGGAACAGACCAAGGACAAGAAAGAGAAGUCCUCUCAAGAUAAACAUGCCGACAGGGAGAAAGACUUUCUGGAAGUCAAGAAAGAGGAGAGAAAACCCGAGAAGAUACGGGAGAAAACGUGGUACAAGAUCGCCGACAUCUUUACAGAUGAAAGUGACGACGACGAGGACAGCUACAACAGCACCGUUAUCGUCGGGUCGGGAUCCAUCAGAAAAGACUCGACGCCCGAUCAGGACCAGCUGGACUUCCACUCAGAAAAGAUGAGAAAGUCUUCCGCGGACACGAAACACAACACGGAAAAGGCGAAAGACAAAGAACACAAAGAAAAGAAGAAAGAUAAGGCCUCGUUUGACGUGGGGAAAGAGAGGAAAGGCUCCCUAGAAAAACACAACAAAGACAAAAAGGAGUCAGUAGAUGGAAAAUAUAAGGAAAGGAAAGACAGAAUGUCAGUGGACUCGAACCAGGACAAGAAAAACAAGCAAAAGCUCUUGGACAAAAGGGACACAAGUGAGGAAAAGACGAAGAUCAAAUAUAAAGACAGGCAGGACCAUUCGAAGGAAAGAAAGCCUUCCAAGAGCAGCGGUGAGAACGAGAAGUCCCUGCUAGAAAAACUAGAGGAGGAAGCCAUGAACGACUACAAGGACGACUCCAACGACAAGAACAGUGACAUCUCCUCGGAUAGUUUCACCGAUCGAGGCCACGAGCCGGUCCUCAGCAGCUAUUACGACUCCAUAAACCUGACGGAUAUCUCUGAGGACAGGAGAGACUCCCUGUCCAUAUCCACGCCACAGGAUCGGUUCAGGGACAAAGAGAGACACCGGCAUUCCUCCUCCUCUUCGUCCAAGAAGGGCCACGACAAGGAGAAAGAAAAGGUCAAGAAGGACAAAGGAGACAAACGGGACAAAACUGGGGAGAACCGCGAGUCCUACAGCCGCCGAGAGAGUCUGCCUUUUGAGAAGGAGCCCAUGCCUCUGGAGGCCGACCCGUACACAUUCCCGUUCGGAGGCAAGGGAGACGGCGACGACGACUUUGACAAAACGUUGGAAUUCGAAAAAGAGAUGUCCAAAAAGGACAAAGAGAAAUCCACAGGUAUCAUCAGUGACCGAAUGAAGGACAAAAAGAAAAAGGAGAAACACAAAGAUAAAGUUAAGGAGGAGAAGAAUAAAUACAUGGAUGGCUCAUUUAAGCACUCCCGGGAGGACGUGAAGUCCGGGUUGAAAGAUAGCCCGCAGAUCACCGUCCUGAAAGACCGAUCAAAGGAGCAAAGUCCCAAGUUUGACCUGAAAAAGGACAGAAACCGGGACAUUUUGGACAAGGACAACAGAAUGGAUCACAGCAAAUCUAAAGCCAAGGACGAAAACGAAAAGCUCCCGCCGUCCAAGGAUCCGGUGCGGAAAGACAUCCGUCCGCGUGAGAAACUGUUGGUGGACGACGACUAUCAGAUGACCAGUUUUGGUCAGAUGCUAAGUCUGAGGGAUCAGGAGGUCAGAGCCUGCAUCAAGAAGCAAAAGGAAAAAAUGAAGCAGAUGGAGCGGCUGAGAACCAAGACGGGGGACCCUAAACUCAAAGACAAGGCCAAGUCCACAGAGGAGGUAAAGAAAAACCGCAGCGAGCUGUCUGCGAAGAAGGCAAACAGCCUGGAGUCGAGUCUGAAGGAGAAAAAGCUGAAGGACGUGGGCCUCCCAGCUCAGAUGAUGUCCCCUGGGAGGAAGUUCCAGCCUACCGACAGCCAGGGCUCAAAGGACUGGAUGACCGGGCACCAAAUGAAGGAGAACCUCCCUGCUUCUCCCAGACCUGAUCAGAACAGGCCAACCGGGGUCCCCACACCAACAUCGGUCAUCUCCUGCCCCAGCUUCGAGGAGGUGAUGCAGACUCCUCGUACCCCCUCCUGCAGUCCAGAGGAUUAUCCCGACAUUAUGCUGGAUGGGUUGGACUGCCAGAACUCCUCGGCCAUGACCAUGUCAAUGAACGCCUGCUCCCCGACCUUCUUUGAAAGCAGGUACUCCAACUCCCAGAGUUUCCAGGAGGGAACUUGUCCCACUCCGGCAAAGAACCUCCAGCUGCCGCUUGUCAGCCGCUCUGCUUCAUCCGAUGUCCGCAGGCCUCUGGAAAACGAGUUCAAGUCUGAGUCCGACAAGUUUCUUCGGCAGCAGAGCGAUCCCGCCGCUGAGUACGACCAGAUCUCUCCCCCUCAACCUCUGGAGGACAAGCCAGUAACCGUGAAUAGACUGGAGUGCUUGACGCCAUCCUAUUUCUCCCCUAUGAGGCUGUUGUCUCCUCGCCGGGAGCUGGGCCAUCCGACACCGGACGGGGUGUCGGCGACUCUCGCUCUUACCGAGGACCAUGAGCACCUGCCCGAGAGCGUCUACAACAGUUUCCUGCCCAAACCCUCCACGCCUGUCCACAGACCAGAUCCCCAGGAGCCGUGCUUCGACAUUGCUGCGCCGCCGACGCCCGCUCCUGCCGCUUUACCUCCCUUGGAUAUCGACGAUAACUCGGAGCCUCACCACAGCGAGCCUAAUCUGGUCCACUCGGACCUGCCCUGUGUCAUGGAAGAACAUCGGGGGCAAGACGUGGAGGACGAAGAAGAAGAGGACGAAGAGGAGGAGGAGGAGGAGGAAGAAGAACCCGAUAUGGUGGACACAACCGAUGCAGUCCACUCUGUGAUGGAGGAGCAAGAACCCACGAGAGAGCCGUGUUCUUUCUCCCCUCAAGUGGAGGACCACCUGAGGCAGAGCUGGCCCGCAGAGUCUCCAGACCGACAGGAACCCGAGGUCCAACAGCUGUCCCCCGUGCACCCGGCCCUGAACGACGGAGAAAGCUGCUUCGAUCAAAGCAUGGGCUGGAACGCCGACAUGGACCUCAAAUCUGCCCGCGGGGAGAUCGAAGCGGCCGUCUCGAAAAUAACCAGCCCGUACUCCCACUCCGACAACGACAUGCAGCCCCUGUCUGGACACACCUCUGUCACCUACGAGACCUGGAAUCGGUGGCACAAAGAGGACACGGUGGAUCUGGACGAGCAGAAGGAGGCUGUCGCCGAGAUCCCCUCUCCAGAGCGGCCGGACGCAGCCAUGGAUGAGGAGCCCAACUCUUUAAAUACGUCGUCGUCCUCCAACAGGCUGGAGUCUUUCUUCCAGGAGUGCAACAAGCCGAUCAUAGAAAACGGCCACCAGAUAAACGCAGAGCCCGCGUGCGUGGACCCGGACAGCAGACAAAGCGCACACAGCUUCAGUGCUUCCCCCGAACGUCACAUCACCCCACCCGUGGGCCAAGAGCCCGUGGGCUGGGUGGAUCCGUUCUCGGCUGAGGCAGACGAGCUGGAUGACCUCGGCCCGUUUUCUUUACCCGACCUGCCGUUACCCGACAAAUCGGACGAAGCGGAGCCUCGCGACCAUGAACUGGUCGACCACAGCAAGGCCGUGUCGGCUCACAUCAGACACACUAUUCCAGAGCGGGACGAUCCAGACAUAAUGGAGGUAGACCUGCCGAGUCUGUCGAAGACCGCGUGCCCGUCUGAGGACCUCGUUUUAGGGGAGCCUGCCGAACACGACUUUGUGGUGCCGUCUCCACACGCCACCUUCCAACAAGAGAUGGACCCCGAGCCACAAAGCGUGCCCACCAACUGCUCGUUGUCUCUUAGCCAGACGCACGCCGGGGUUCUAGAAAGGCCGCUGCCGUACGGCGUCCACGAGGAGUCCGAACCCAUGAUGUUGUAUUCACCCGCAAAUUCAGAUGCCAAUCAGCACCAACACGUGCAAGUCCAUCCCCUCACCGAGCCGGUGCAGUUACCGCUGGAGUCCGAGUCUCCUGCAAAGCCAGAGGAGAGGCACGGGGACGCGUGUGAUGCUGUAGCAGAAUCUGCGUCGUGCAGUCCUCAUUCUCACCUCCCUGUGGCAGUCGCUCUCCCCAGCACAGUGGAGCCUUCAGACACUCAGGAACCCCCGUCCAAGCUUGCCCCUGUUGCCCCCACGCCUGCACCCAUCCCUGUAGACAUCACCAAGAAGGUGGAGGAAAUCCCUCAAAGGGUGACUCGCUACCGCGCCAAGAACAACGCCUCCGCCGCCCCUCCUACCUCCAGCGUAACCACCUCGUCAGCCGCUGCCACCACGAUCACCACCAGUCCAGCGGCGAGCGUCAACUCGGUCCCGACGAGAACGCCAACGCCCAAUUCAGUGUCUUCCUCGCCGGCUCAGAAGAAGGAGAAGGACUCUGGGCUCAGCGUCUCCAACGCUGCGUCCCAUUCGACCGCCGCGGUGUCCGUCACGGCUCCUGCACCGGUGGUCCUCAACAGAACGACGAAAGGCCGUCCUGUCGCCGUGGAUGAAGAGGACUCCCAGACGCAGCACCCGCGCAAAAGGAAGUUCCCUCGUUCCGCCGGGCAGCAGGUCCAGGUCCAGCUUGUAAACACGGCCAUGCAGCAGACAAGGGAGAUGAUCCAGCAGACCUUGGCUGUGGUCGUCAAUGCCAUCAAGCUGGACGAGAUCGAGCCCUACCACAGCGACCGGUCCAACCCUUACUUCGAGUACCUUCAGAUCAGGAAGAAGAUUGAGGAGAAGAGGAAGAUCCUGUGCUACAUCACCCCUCAGGCCCCGCAGUGUUACGCCGAGUAUGUGACCUACACCGGCUCCUACCUACUGGACGGGAAGCCUCUCAGCAAGCUUCACAUCCCCGUGAUUGCCCCCCCUCCAUCACUGUCAGAACCCUUGAAGGAGCUCUUCAGGCAACAGGAGGCCGUAAGAGGGAAGCUCAGGUUGCAGCACAGCAUAGAGCGGGAGAAACUGAUAGUGGCUUGUGAACAGGAGGUUUUAAGGGUCCACUGCAGAGCAGCAAGGACAAUAGCCAAUCAGGCUGUCCCAUUCAGUGCCUGUACCAUGCUGUUGGACUCUGAAGUGUACAAUAUGCCAUCUGAAAGUCAGGGUGAUGAAAACAAAUCUGUGAGAGAUCGCUUCAACGCACGUCAGUUUAUAUCCUGGAUCCAGGACGUAGACGAUAAAUACGACCGCAUGAAGACGUGCUUGUUGAUGCGACAGCAGCACGAGGCGGCAGCCCUCAACGCGGUGCAGAGGAUGGAGUGGCAGCUAAAGGUGCAGGAGCUGGAUCCUGCCGGCCACAAGUCCCUCUGCGUCAACGAGGUGCCGUCCUUCUACGUGCCGAUGGUCGACGUCAACGACGACUUCGUCCUGCUGCCUGCGUGACGUUCCAGCGCGGAAAGAUCGAGACGCAAUUCCAUCUGAGUCACUUCUUCUCUAAAGGGACUUCGUUGAAGCGAACGAAUGGAAAGGGCUAUCAAGUUAGAAAGAGGAGUUUUCUACGGGAAAAACUAUGUUCUUCUAGAAGAGGAGUAAAGUUGGGAAGCUUGCUUCCGAUUCCCCUCCGUGAAGAAGGAAACUUUUUUACAGGAGGAAAAGAAAACACACAACUUGCACUUUCAUCCUCAAAAGUUUUUUUUUUUUUUUUUUUACGCUUUAGUUUGAUCAGAGUGUGAGAAGCAGAAACAGUUUUUGCUUUGAGGCUCUGCCAUCGGGACACAUCUCCUUAGUGUUGAGUCGUGGUGCGACUGGGGGGGACACAGAGAUUUAUUUUCUGUUUCGUUUCAGCCCCCUGGUUCAAUACCCAACGCCACUGGGAGGAUGUAUCAGAGAAGAGCUCCCCCAGUAGCCUGUCCAGAGGGAGGCCUAAGGAGGACCUCCCCCUGUGGACGCAGGCAGGAGAUCCAGACUGAGGUCAGCGCUGACCCAGAGGGAGUAAAAGGAGCUCCAUGGAUCUUCACAGGCUCCAGGAAGCUACAGUGUGGGUUUUUUCCCCCCAACACACACACUUAGGAGCCCACUCUGCAGAACGGCUGAGCGGUAGAGCAACAAAGCCUGCAGCGGGCUGGAACAGCGUAAAGAUGUGCGAGCACGCCGCGGCCCAGCGUCUGACAGGAAGACUGACCCUGCAGCCUCUCAGCCUGGCUAAACAGAACAGCAGAGCGCAGAGAGCCCUGAGGGCAGCCCGGAGUGCUCCUCAGAGGUUCUGCUCGCUCCGACACGAACACACCAGACCGCCACGGACUGCAAAAAAAUAUAAAAAAAAUAAAUAAAAAAACACCACGGGACGACCAGAACAAACAAACCCAACGAAUGUUGAUUCUCAAAGAGACUGUUGAGAAAUUGUGGUUUGGCAGGAGAAGAGAAAUAUUGUUUUUUUUUUUUUUUUUUUUUUUGUCUAUUUCUUUACUUGGGCAUUUCAUUGUUUCUGAGGAAGUGACUUGAAACACUACAGAGCCAAUAUUAGUUUAAUGGAAAAAAAAAACAAAAGAAAACAGAAAAAAAAAAGUUGUAUUCCGUAAAUUAUGUACAGUUUUUAUAUUUGUUAACCAAUGUAUUCUUGCUGCCUUCUAGAUAAUUUAUUUUGCCACACAUUACUGCACAGUUGUAAAUAACCUAUGUACUGUAAUAUCACUCAGUUACAUGUAAAGAAAGAAAGAAGAAAAAGAAAAAAAAACCACAAAAGAAAUAAAAAAUUAUCUUUUUAUGUACAGUUCACUUAUGGGCAGCACUUUCCCCCCCCCUCUCAUAUCCAACGGGCCAAAACGUGGACGCGGUUCUGUCAGUAUUUGAAAGACGCAUCUGUAGAUUGGGUCAGCUCGCCCGGAUGAGAGUGACCUCAACCCCACAAGCUGACGGAUAACCAUCCUGGGUUCCCACCACCAUACAGCCCCUCAGAUGUAGCAGAAUAGAUAUUAAGGAUUUAUUUAAAGAAAAAAAAAAACAGAGGAUUAUUAUUCAUUGCUUUACUACACUAUUAUAUCAGAAAAUUUUUUAACCAAGAAAAUGCCUUUUUCAGUGGAAAAAAAAAAACAAACCUUGCUGGGCAAACCCACAUAGUUAUAUAUGGUUGAACAAGAGAUGUCAUUCACAAGUAAAACAGUUAAAAGUGUUUGUUUUUUUUCUUAGCUUGAUUGUCUCUAGUUUCUAGAUUUGGGGAUCUCUUUUUUAUUAUUAUUAUUUUAAUUUUUACCAUCAUAAAACAUAAAAACACGGGUCUUUUAGCUCUUCACUUCUCAUCCGAUCUUCACAGCCACUGAAAGGACUCCAAACAUAUCUGUCAAGUCUGCCCCUUUCCCUCAUAGCGGUGCAUAACCAGCCACGCUCACCAGGGGGCGCCAGAAUAUCUCACCACCUCUGGUCUGCAGCUGAACGCGGUGUUUUUAAAUAGAUUUGGAUGACAUUACAAUCCAUAGGAAGAUUUAGCUCCCUCAUAGGACGUCAGUGGGACAGUUUGCUGGUUCUUGGAACAAUAAGGGGUCAAUUAGACAUUCAGCUCCGUUAAUUAGAUUUUAUUUUUCCAUCGUGGAAUCAACGCGGGGAUUUUAAUUGUUAGCUUGCUUCCGCAUAUUGUUCAUUUGUGUGGAGGCCAUGUUUGCCACUUCCUGUCGGGGUCAAAGGAGGCCGUUACGAGACAUAAAUCUUAGAAUAAGCCAAAAAAAAAAAAAAAAAGUCAGAUAUUAACAGACAGGGUGGAUGGGGGGAAAGAAACCGCAUACAGCAAAUCAGACCAAUGUUUUUAUAAAUGAUGAUUAUUAAAACUCCCAUUUUAAUGUUAAUUUGUAAUUACUUCUAUUGGUCCCCAUUGAAAAGCUCCCCUGACCCAACACAGGUUUGUUCGUGUGAGUGAGCGAGAGCUGCUUCUGUACGCUGAUGGCAACAUUACCCGAAACAAAUGUCCCACAGUGACGCGGGCAGACGAGGCGGCUACAUGUGCGGCUCGCGCUCAUCCUGCUUAGGAGGCGACACAUUUAGCCAGACGCUUUGCUCCUAGAAGCUCUCUGUCCUGUUCUUAUUUUAAUGUCCUAGCUCUUCAGUUUUGGGGCAGCAGGUGCAUUCGUUGUGUGUUUGUGCGCGCGCCGUUCUUCUUUCUUUUUCUUUUUUUUUUUUUUUUUUUUUAGAAAAGUGUUUGUGUGUUUUGAUGUUGUGUAUCUUGUGCUUUCUGUUGUCCUUUAGUUCCCAGCAUGUCAGUCGCGUUGCUUAUUGAGCAGAAUGUAAAUCCCCUCCCAAAAAAAAAAGAACAACAAAAACUACAACCCGGACCCCCGAAUCUCGCCGUUUGUUUACGAGACAUCAAAGCGCGUUCCCGUUUUUUAACCCCGGUUUUGUGCUGAAACGGUUGGAGCCACGCCCUGCGUCGUUCUUGUGUGAUCGCUCGUUUCUUAGAGGAUCUUAAAGGCUUGAAAUGGUGAUGGGCGACAUGUCGGGUCUGGCGAGGCCUGCGGCCCGACUGCGCACAGGAAUAGACUAAACGCGUCCCAACACGCCCAUUCUAGACGAGAAUUGGAGACUCGCUCCUCGGAUGCACAGUAGAGCACUUGGCCGUGGUGAUGACAGAUGCUUGCCUCAGUCAGCAACAUAUUACCUCUACUCUCCUCACAUUCACUCAUAAUGUUUAUGUUAGGUUUGACUAGUUCUCACUGAACAUACGUAGGCAUAAAGGCUAUUUUUUCAUUGUAUAAAAUCACAAUUUCAAGCCUUUUUUCUUUUUUUUUUUGGUUUUCUGUUUGUUUUUAUAUUAAUUAAAACCCAGACUGUAGCUGUUUGUUCUUUUUUUUUUUUUUUUUUUAGACAAUGGAAAAGGACUAAUAAAAAGCAUGGAGAACUACUCUUAAAAUGGUGAGAAUUAAACUAUUUAUUAUGGUUUUUUUUUGUUUGUUUUUUUUUGUUUUUCAGACACCUGUGGUAUUUUUUUAAGUUGAAGUUGGUCUCCGCUGUGUAAAUUUUCCUCCUUGUAAUGCGUGAAAGAGACAUACUGUACAUAGCUCUGUAAAUACAACCUCCCAGGACGUUUUGCACCCUCCUCUUUGUACUAGUCUGAAAAAAAAAAGUUGCAUAGAAUGUGGGGUUCUAACAGCAUCGAGCUGCGUGCGCUCGCUGCAGGUGAUUAUGAUGUAACAAUGUAACUAUUUUUUUUAUUUGUACAAUGUAGUUUAUUUGUGUACAUAUUGUUGGAGCAGCUACAGGGGUUUUUGAGGGGAGGGGGGGGGGUCUUACGAGGAUGCUAUCGUCAGUGCUGUAACAGUACUUUCACCUCCAGCUGUUUGUUGAUUUCCUGCAAAAAAAGAAAAUAGUUGAAGAAAAAAAAAAGGCAAAAAAAAAAUUUAAAUGAGAAAAUGAACAUGAGUAGGAUGGGGGGGGGGGGUUGAAACUGAAAGGUAAAAAUUCUAAAUUGUUAUUUUCUACCGUUGCAUGUACAGAGAGCGCGAGAACUGCUGUUGUUCCUCAGAGAUUAUGUUCGUUAAUAAAAUUUUUAAAUAUUAA